UUUCAGUUAUUUUAUGCAACAUUUAUUUUCUCGAAGACACACUAACAACCAAUUCAAUACUUCAAAUAACCAAUUAACACCAACACCUGUCCAACAACGUUUUUCUGGAACAAUAUCAACUUCUAUAGGAGCACAGGAUUCUUCUGUAAUGGACUCUUUAGGUUCUUUAGAAGAUGAAAAGGAAGGAAUUUUAAUUUCAGAAGAAUGGGGAAGGUCUUCCAGACUUCAAAAAAAUUUAUUAAUAAAUCAAAAUUUAAAAUUAACUUCGAAUAUAUUUGCAAAAAGUGAAGAAGAUGAAGAUGAGGAAAUUGAUGGGGAAGAGGAUUUAAAUGCUUUUCUUGAAGAUAAUAAUGAAAGAAAUAUUUUAAAAACAAAUUCAAAAAAUUUAAAUGAAGGAGCUAAACAAGAACAAAAUAAUAAUAAUCAAUUAUCACAUCCUUUAGUUAGUGUUGUGUGA